AUGACUCUCUCUGCCAGCCUGCUGCUGCUGCUCCUGCUCGGCCUCUCUCAGGCACUUCCUCUCCAGGAGGAGGCAGGCGAAGACACCGUGGACAUCACCACCAGGAUUCUGACCACCAACAACGGCACAGAUGAGCUCCUGCUGGAAGGAGACCUGCUGGCUCCCACAACCAGAAACGCCUUGAUGUGCUGGUCCCAGAACUGCCUGUGGAGGAAAGCCUCCAGCGGCUUGGUGAUGAUCCCCUUCACCGUGAGCAGUGACUUCACCAGCUGGGAGAGGCAGCUCAUCGACAACGCCAUGAAGUCCUUCCACAGCCGCACCUGCCUCCGCUUCGUCCCCCGUCAGAGUGAGUACGACUACAUCAGCAUCGAGAACAGAGCCGGAUGUUUCUCGGCCCUGGGCAGAGCGGGAGGCAGACAGGUGCUCUCUCUCAACAGGCAGGGCUGCCUCUACCACGGCAUCAUCCAGCACGAGAUCAACCACGCUCUGGGCUUCCAGCACGAACAGACCAGGAGCGACCGCGACUACUACGUCAGGAUCAACUGGGAGAACAUCGACCCGCAGAUGGCCUACAACUUCUACAAGCAGAGCACCAACAACCUCAACACUCCCUACGACUACUCCUCCAUCAUGCACUACGGAAGAACAGCCUUCUCCAUCCAGUACGGGAAAGACUCCAUCACCCCAAUCCCCGACCCCAACGUCCAGAUCGGCCAGAGGCAGGGCAUGUCCUACUGGGACAUCGCCAGGAUCAACGCACUCUACGGCUGCUAA